AUGCCGAAACGACAUGAUUUCCAUGAUCUACACAGCUGUACGGAAUCUGUGAUGGAGUGGCUCAUGAAGUCAGAGAAUGCUCAAUCAUAUAAGAAGAGCAAUACUCAGUUUCAUACAUUGAAACAUUCUCCUCAGCCAAACCUGAACGAGAAGCUCCGGGGCAGAGCGCACAGAGAGAACAGGAGAGAAGCGUUUUCAGCAGAGAGCAGAGAGCAGAAAGCUACAAGCGAUAUACCGUCGCGAGCUAUUGAACUUCCUAAUUCAGCUAUCGGCCUGAAGCGUGUUUUCAUUUCGUCCUACGAGCCGUUCAUAAAUAUAUUCCACGAGAAAAAUGGCAUCCAACGACCCGCCAGCUUUCCCCGAGCGCAUGAUGAGCAUGGCGGAGCCGGGCAUGCUGUUCAUGGGAUCGGUGUAUCGUGA